GAGGGCACUUGUUGGGAUGAGCACUGGGUGUUGUAUGUAAGUGAUGAAUCGCUGAGUUCUACUCCUGAAACCAAUAUUGCAGUGUAUGUUAACUAGUUAAAAUUUAAAAAAGAAAAAAAAAGGCAGAAAUCAAAAUGUUUUGAGAAGCAUUGGCCACCUGGCCCCUGAAGUCUGUGACCAUCCGAAAUUGACUUUCAUGGGGUUUAUUCAUUCCAGGAACCCUUGGCACGUCCUGUUUGAGAGUGUUUCUCAAUUGUUGCUUCUGAUAUCUCAGUGCUAUGGGAAGCAAGUGUCUGCCCCUGCUCUCAGGUCUCACUGUCCUGCUGGCUCUGUCAGGAUCACAUGUCAAAAAUUCUGAAGGUCUCUGUCCCAAGUGCCCUGAAAAUGCCAGCUGCUCCAACAGUACCCACUGUGCUUGUAAAGAUGGAUUUCAGUCCGUGUCUGGGAGGAAGUACAUUGAGCCCCAUGAGAAGUGUGAAGAUAUCGAUGAGUGUGAGACUGGUCUGGCAAAGUGCAAGAAGAAAUCCUACUGCAGAAAUGAAAUUGGAAGUUACUACUGCAGCUGUGUCCCAAAUUCUGUCUUCAACUUUGUGGCUGGCUUAUUUAAAUUAGAUUAUAAACAGUGUUAUGAGGACACUGGUGAGGAGAUACAGGUAUCAAGGGACAUUCAGGAAAUUCUGAUGAACAAUGGAAGCAAAAGUCACAUUGCAAAAGUGGCGACCCAAGUACUUCAAGACAUGGAACUGAUCGUAUGGACUGAGACUUUAGCUUUUCCAGGAAAGUAUGAGAAUUCUACGUUUGGUAUAGUUUAUGAAACCAAGAGGUGCAAUGACACAAGUGAGAAGACUCUUCUGGAGGCUGGAAAUAACACUAUGGAUAUCAACUGUACUGAUGCUUUCAAAGGAACCAUAGGAGAUAGAAGUGCAGUUGCACUUAUCACUUAUCAAUCUCUUGGGGAUAUUCUGAAUGGAUCUUUUUUUAAUGAUGGAAGAGGGACACAGGAAGUGAAACUGAACUCUCGUGUCACAAGUGGCACCAUUGGUAUGAAGGAAAAAGUAUAUCUCUCUGAACCUGUGUUCCUGACCUUCCAAAAUAUACAGCCUGGUGGUGCAAGAGCAAAAUAUUUCUGUGUCUCCUGGGAUGCAUCAGAGGAGGGGGGUGCCUGGUCAACGGAGGGCUGCUCUCAUGUGGGCAGCAACGAUUCACACACCCGAUGCAAAUGCUUCCACCUUUCCAGCUUUGCUGUUCUCAUGGCUCUUGUUCCCAAGGUGGAUCCUGUGCUGACUAUGAUCACCUAUGUGGGGCUGAGCCUCUCUCUGCUGUGCCUCCUCCUGGCAGCCCUCACCUUCCUCCUGUGCCAACCCAUCCAGAACACCAGCACUUUCCUCCACCUGCAGCUUUCCAUUUGUCUCUUCCUGGCCCAUCUGCUCUUCCUAACAGGGAUUGACCAAACUAAGCCUGAGGUGCUGUGUUCCAUCAUCGCUGGUGUGCUGCACUACCUCUACCUGGCCUCCUUCACCUGGAUGCUCCUUGAAGGGCUACAGCUUUUCCUAACCGUCAGAAACCUCAAGGUGGCCAAUUACACCAGUGCAGGCAAAUUCAAGAAGAGGUUCAUGUGCCCUUUUGGCUAUGGGGUUCCAGCUCUGAUUGUGGCUGUGUCUGCAAUAGUAGGACCCCAAAAUUAUGGAACAUAUGAUCGCUGCUGGCUCAAGCAUGAAAAAGCGUUCAUCUGGAGUUUUAUGGGACCAGUGGCAGUCAUUAUCUUGAUAAACUUGGUGCUCUACUUUCAAAUCCUGUGGAUUUUGAGAAGUAAACUUUCCUCCCUCAACAAAGAAGUUUCUACCAUUCAGGAUACCAGAGUCAUGACAUUUAAAGCCAUUGCUCAGCUAUUUAUACUGGGCUGUUCUUGGGGCCUUGGCUAUUUUAUGGUUGAAGAGUUCGGGAAGGUGAUCGGAUCAGUCAUUGCCUACACAUUCACCAUCAUCAAUGUCCUGCAGGGGGUUUUGCUCUUUGUGGUACACUGUCUCCUUAAUCGCCAGGUGCGAAUGGAAUACAAGAAGUGGUUUAGUGGGAUCUGGAAAGCGAUUGAGACUGAAAGCUUUGACGUAUCUCGCUCUACGAUCCAAACCAAAAUGGUGCUGUGUUCCAUCAUCGCUGGUGUGCUGCACUACCUCUACCUGGCCUCCUUCACCUGGAUGCUCUUUGAAGGGCUACAGCUUUUCCUAACUGUCAGAAACCUCAAGGUGGCCAACUACAUCAUUACGGGGAAGUUCAAGAAGUUCAUGUAUCCUUUUGGCUACGGGGUCCCAGCUCUGAUUGUAGCUGUGUCUACAGGUGUUGGACACAGCAGUUAUGGGAUACAUACUAAGUAACCACGGUGUCUUUGUCAUGAGGAAGUAAUAAUAUAUGUAUGAACUCCCAUGUAUUGGACAUCUACUACCUGCUCUGUUGUAGGUGCUGUGGGCACCCCAGGAAACAAAGCAGACAAUAAGCAAAUAGACAUGGAAUAUGAUGUUGGGCUACAGUAGGUGCCACCACAGAGAGGCAAACUAGGGAAAUGGGAAUAUAUGUGAGCUAAUAAUUUUAAAUAGUGUGGUCAGGGAAACCACUGAGAGGUAAACUUUGUAUGUCAUAUGUUAUUUGACUUUUUAGAUGUCUUACUGUAUUAAUUUCCUAUUGCUGUGCUAACAAGUUAGCUCAAACUUGGUGACUUAAAACAAUGCAAGUUUAUUAUCUUAUUUUGAAUUCUGUAGAUCAGAAGUCCAACCGGGUAUCACUUAGCUAAAAUCAAGGUGCCAGCAAAGUGCAUUCCUUCUUGAGGUUCUAGGGGCUUUUCCAGCUUCUGGGGGCCACCCACAUUCUUCAGCUUAUGCCCCCCAUCCUCUAUCUUCAGGGCCAGCAACAUUGCAUGUCUCUGACCAUCCUUCACAUCUCUUUCUGACUUUCUUCUGUCUCCCCUUUCCCCUUGUAAGAACACUUGUGAUUACAUUGGAUCCACUCAGGUAACCCAGGAUAAUCUCCCCCAUUCCAAAAUCCUUAUGUUCAAUUAUAUCUGCAGAGUCCCUUUUGUGUCACAAAGUAGAAAUUCACAAGUUCUGAGCAUGAGAACAUGGAUAUUUUGGGGGUGGAGAGAGGCUCACAUUAUCCUAUCACACCUACAAAUUGACCUUCUUUUUUAAUUUCUUCUAUCUUGCAAAAUUAAAUUUAGUAACAAGUGGGCAAUCCUGGGUUUAAGGUGUUGAUAACGUUUGGAAAAGGAAUAACGCACAAGAGUAUCCAUUGAACUAAUGAGUGAACAACUUCCUUUUGAAAUACAACUUGAAAAGGCACUGUCAUUUAUGGAUAAAAAUUGGAGUUGAAAGUAAAUAUUUUUGUUACCGAAAGCCAAAUAUACAUUUAUCCUAUUUUUGGUCCAUUCCAGUGGUUUUCAACUAGGAGUGAUUUCAUGCCCCACAGGGGACAUUCAGCAGUGUCUGGAGACCUUUUUGGUUGUCACCACUUGAGGGAGGGGGUGGCCAGAGAUGCUGUUAAAUGUUUUGUGAUGCACAGGCCAAACGCACAGUGAAGAACCACGGGCCCAAAAUGCCAGUAGAGCCAAGGCAGGGGAGCUCUGGUCUAUUCAAAGCCCCUGCUCUGAGUUUGUAACUGAAUUCUGAUAGCGGAAGGACAUGGUGGCAUUCAUUGAGUCCUCUAUGCUUAACUGAAUGUCCAGGGUUACAAUGCCCAGAAGGUAAGUCUUCCAUGAAUGCUAAUCAUUGUUAAUUUUUUCUCAGUGUUUAUGGUUGUCACCUAUUAUAUUAUUUGUUUCCCCCUGACCCAGUUGCUGUACCCAUUUUUCCCCCAAUGUUUUAGUUUAGGGAAAGGUUUUUUAAGUGCAUUUUCUUCUUUUUAUGAAGAUCCGAAAAGUUGUUUAUUCUCUUUUUCAGCUGCUGGAUCAGCUUCCUUUGAGCCUCAUGGGGCCUGUUUUUGUUAUUAUUUUGAGUCCUUGAACUUAAGGCAGAACAUGCCAAGAGAUUGUAGACCCUUUUCUUGUGGAAAGAGUCACAUCUGAGUUGAAACUGAGACAUCACAUGAAAUAAAGUUUCUGAUGUUUAUCUUGCCUGCACCACUGAUGAUGUGGCUUUUUCAAAAAUAUUUGGCCAAAUCAACUUGUCCUUCUAUUUGACCACCCUAUGGAUUUUAAAAGACCAACUUAAGUCCCUCAACAAUGAAGUAUCCGGGAUGCAGAACACAAGGAUGCUGACGUUCAAAGCCGUUGCUCAGGUUUUCAUUCUGGGCUCUUCUUGGGGCCUUGGCUUCUUUCUGGUGAAAGGAGUGCUGGACCCUGUCAGGUUGGUGAUGACCUUCACCAUCAUCAGCAUCCUCCAGGGCGUCCAUGUCUACUUGGUCCACUGCCUUCUGAAUCACAAGGUAACACUACCUGCUGCUGCUAAAGUGGUAGUCUCUCCCUGUCUGCCAGAGAUUACUCUCACUGCUCUCUUCAGAAGCAGGCAAAGGAAGCUGACCACGGAAUGGGGCAGUGAGGGGGAGGAAUACAGAAUACUCGUCGUGUCUGUGGGCCACCCAGUGACUCCUGAGUGGACUUCUUGAUGGUUUCCACAACACAGUCUCCUGGACUAUGGCUAAAAGGGACUGCAGCAAGUUAAUGGGCCACUGCAAGGACCACAGCUGGGACCACAGUAUGUCUGUCUGUUACCCGAUGCAAAG